GAGUCGCAUCCUACCUGGUUGGGAGGUGCACUGCCUUUCCACACUCUCCCUUCUGUACUCAGCCAGCUGCUGCUGAGGUGGGAGGAAAAGUCCUGGCUGGGAGAAUUGAGCUAGUGCAGCACACGUAAAAAAGCGAUUCCGAUGGGUCCUUUGAAAGCUUUUCUCUUCUCCCCUUUUCUUCUGCGGAGUCAAAGUAGAGGGGUGAGGUUGGUCUUCUUGUUACUGACCCUGCAUUUGGGAAACUGUGUUGAUAAGGCAGACGAUGAAGAUGAUGAGGAUUUAACGGUGAACAAAACCUGGGUCUUGGCCCCAAAAAUUCAUGAAGGAGAUAUCACACAAAUUCUGAAUUCAUUGCUUCAAGGCUAUGACAAUAAACUUCGUCCAGAUAUAGGAGUGAGGCCCACAGUAAUUGAAACUGAUGUUUAUGUAAACAGCAUUGGACCAGUUGAUCCAAUUAAUAUGGAAUAUACAAUAGAUAUAAUUUUUGCCCAAACCUGGUUUGACAGUCGUUUAAAAUUCAAUAGUACCAUGAAAGUGCUUAUGCUUAACAGUAAUAUGGUUGGAAAAAUUUGGAUUCCUGACACUUUCUUCAGAAACUCAAGAAAAUCUGAUGCUCACUGGAUAACAACUCCUAAUCGUCUGCUUCGAAUUUGGAAUGAUGGACGAGUUCUGUAUACUCUAAGAUUGACAAUUAAUGCAGAAUGUUAUCUUCAGCUUCAUAACUUUCCCAUGGAUGAACAUUCCUGUCCACUGGAAUUUUCAAGCUAUGGAUACCCUAAAAAUGAAAUUGAGUAUAAGUGGAAAAAGCCCUCCGUAGAAGUGGCUGAUCCUAAAUACUGGAGAUUAUAUCAGUUUGCAUUUGUAGGGUUACGGAACUCAACUGAAAUCACUCACACGAUCUCUGGGGAUUAUGUUAUCAUGACAAUUUUUUUUGACCUGAGCAGAAGAAUGGGAUAUUUCACUAUUCAGACCUACAUUCCAUGCAUUCUGACAGUUGUUCUUUCUUGGGUGUCUUUUUGGAUCAAUAAAGAUGCAGUGCCUGCAAGAACAUCGUUGGGUAUCACUACAGUUCUGACAAUGACAACCCUGAGUACAAUUGCCAGGAAGUCUUUACCUAAGGUUUCUUAUGUGACUGCGAUGGAUCUCUUUGUUUCUGUUUGUUUCAUUUUUGUUUUUGCAGCCUUGAUGGAAUAUGGAACCUUGCAUUAUUUUACCAGCAACCAAAAAGGAAAGACUGCUACUAAAGACAGAAAGCUAAAAAAUAAAGCCUCGAUGACUCCUGGUCUCCAUCCUGGAUCCACUCUGAUUCCAAUGAAUAAUAUUUCUGUGCCGCAAGAAGAUGAUUAUGGGUAUCAGUGUUUGGAGGGCAAAGAUUGUGCCAGCUUCUUCUGUUGCUUUGAAGACUGCAGAACAGGAUCUUGGAGGGAAGGAAGGAUACACAUACGCAUUGCCAAAAUUGACUCUUAUUCUAGAAUAUUUUUCCCAACCGCUUUUGCCCUGUUCAACUUGGUUUAUUGGGUUGGCUAUCUUUACUUAUAAAAUCUACUUCAUAAGCAAAAAUCAAAAGAAGUCUGACUAAAUUCAAUAGAAUCUUUUGUACUUCAGUAACUUGAAGUUUAAAUUUAAAAUGCAGAGAAACCAGUGGUUAAAAUGUGAAUAGUAUUGUAACUAUUUUAAGGCCUUCAGAAGUAAAUAAAGUAGCAGCUUUCAGGCUAAUUUACGUGAAACUGAUUAGUUACAAAAUCCAGUAGGUUAAAAUACUCACAUAUUUUUACUUAAAUUUUCUUUAAUUUACUUAUAUGUUAUUAUAAUUUUGAAUUUUUAAGUUCUAUGAUUCAUGUUUUAAAGAUGGAAUAAUUUUAAUACAUAUUUUGUUUAAAUAUAAUCUAUAAUUGUUUUGUAAUGUAAGACUAAUUACUAAUAUUUAUGUAGCAACUUUUGUGCCAGAAAAAACUGUUAAUUUGUUUUUUCUUGCUUUUCAUUUGAUUGCCUUGCUUGAAAUACAGUUAGCUGAUAACAUAAAGCCAUAGUUUUCUUGGAUUUUCUUCCAAGAUAUUGUAUUCCCAAGAAGAAAUUGAUUUAUUUUUAAACUAUCAGUUACUGAAGACUUAUGAAAAGGUCAAUUUUUACCUGUCUUUUAAUCCAGUCCAUUUUCUGACACAAUAUUAAACAGAACGCCAGUUGCAUUUACUUUGGUGAUUUGCAAACUUGGAAUGAAGCCACCAGUCAUUUUUAAGAAUGCAAGAUGAAAAAAUCAGGUAAAAUCUAACCAUUUUAUUCUCUGCUUCAUAGCAUUUAUAAUGUAUGAUGAGGUUAACACUGAAAUAUUAAAAUCUGCAAAUGCAUAUUAAUGCAAAUUAAAUGCAGAGAGAAAUGAUUUUUUUUCUUUAUGUUUUAUGAAAGUGUUGCAGUCCCUAAAAUAAAAAUAUUGAGGAACAUUGCUUGUAUUUACUCAUGUGGUUAAAAAAUUAUUACCUGGCAAACUGAGUUGCAGGUCAUAUUGAGGACAAAAUCUUAAAUAUGUGCUAUUAGCAUUGUUUUUAGACUAGUAAUAUGCAGAAAACAGUUUUAGGCCUGCGUUACAUAUUGCCUCUUCCAGCUCCAAAGUUUUGGACCCUGUCAGUUUUGCAAUUACAUUAUACAUUAUUAUAAUAUUCUUUUUUUUCUAGAAACUGGGGGCAGCCUCAAAAUCAUGUUAAAGAGGGAGUUUUGUUAGAGGCAUCUUUAAUGAACAUGAAUGUGAGUGCUCUCUAAAUUCUUAGCAUCUCACUGGAUGUAAAAUCUAUCAGUUAAUAGUUUUAAAAAUGUCUCUUUUGUUAAGAAUAGAGUUAAAUUUAGGCUUCAAUCAUUAUAAUCCUGUAAGUAGCUUGACAUAUCAAUUGUUUAUAAGAUUCAUCACAUAAAUUUCUGGAGAACCACCAGGUUUAGCUUGGAAAUAACCUUUAAAGAUUGUUUCUGUUGCCAAGACCAAUGACCAUGAUGAAGAGUUUUAUGAUCACAGCCUAUCUUACUUAAGGUUUGAGAGGAAACCUGUCACCUCUGCAAUUGUUACUCUAGUUUUUAAUGUUAUAAUUCCGCACAUGGUUAGUGAAUGUCUGGCAUGAUUAUACACAUGUAUUGGAAAUAUCUAGUUUUUUAAAUUUUUAAUUAAUUUAUUUAUAGUUUACUGUGUGUUCCCAGCUAACUCUAUUUUUUUUUCACUUGCUCAUAAACUUCUGGAAAAAAAUAAGCAUGAAUCAAAUGGUAAUGCCCAAUAUCCACCGACACUGCUUUUCUUGAAUGAACAGCCAAACUAAACUUUGGCCAUCUAUAUAUUCAUUUACAGAUUAUUCAUACAUUCAUUUUAAUAACAUUGAGUACUGAUGGAUGUUUUGAAAGUGAGCAUUCAUUUAAGGAUAAAUAAAAAAUAAAGUAGUCAUAAAGAAUAAAAUGCUUUACUAAAAUAUUGUAUGGCUAUUUUCAUGUUUGAAGCUAUAGCUUACUAUCAUAAGACAGUUUUGAUUUUGGGACUCUUUCAAGUGUAUCUGAGCAUGACUGUAUUUUAAAAUACUUAAAAGUGCUUGAUAUAAAUAGCUUUUCCUUCUGAACCACGUUCUAUGUAAAAGAAAAAAAAUAGCUUUGAUUUUCUCACUGGUGUUUCAUUAACUUGGUUUUAAAUGUUGACAAUAUUUACAAGUGGAAAUAAAAUUUGUAAAUAUAUGAAAGAUGCCUUUCCUUGUAUAUACCAUCAAGCAAGCAUUUUGUUUUCAAAGCAAGUGGUACUUUGAUCAGUUUUAUUUAAAUGUGUGAUCAGAAAGAAUGGUGUACAAAUCUUAUUAUUUCUAAAAAUAAGAAUAAAAAGGUAAAACUACAUUUAGACUUCUUUCUCAAGAAAUCAAAUACAGCUUUUUUUCAAAGCUGAUUCAGUUCAUUUCCUGUUCCUCUCUUCCAAGUAUAAGUUUCACCACCUUGAGAAAUAAUUUUUUUAAAAAAUCUUCCUCUUUCUCUGGGGAGUUAUAUAAUAAUUUAUUGAAUUUAUUGGAACUUGAUUUUCCUGGAUGCUUUCAGUGUUUUUAAUGCUAACAUAGACCCCAAAAUUAGAUAUAAAGAAUUGGGAAGGAUACCUGGAGCACAAGGAAUAGGAUCAUUUGUAAAAAUGUUUGUUUAUGUAGACCUAUCCUCUAAAUAUGUGACCAGGAUCUAGAAAUUCUGAGAGGGGAAAAUGUGAUUUUGGAUUUACAAUGACAGGGUAAUAUUUUAUUUAUCUUUGAAUUCCAUGGACAAAAUUAGGCUCACUUAAAUUAAUUUUUGUAAACCCAAGUAAGUUCUAUAAAAAAGUAAAAAAUACAUAGAAUACUUGAGAAUUUAGCAGGGACAGGGAAAAAUUUCCCAGUAAGUCUGAAGUCUUGAUAUAAGUGGGAAUUAGAUAACUCAUUGGAGGCAUUUUAUUUUAAGUUAAAGACAGAUUUCUUUAAUAAGUUUUUAAAAUUGAUCAACUUUAAAUUAAGCACAGUAAAUGUGUAUAAAUAUGAAGGCAAUCAUAAGGAUUUUUUCAUUUGUGUUUCCAUAUUCUGGCAUUAGUAUAUCAUCAUAAAAUAGAUAAUGUUUUUGUCUCAAGAACAAGAAUAAAAUUGAAAUCUGCAUUCAUGCCAAUUCAGCAUAAAAAAGAAUAGGCUACAGUUCUCUCACACCAAGGGCCCCAUAGUUACAAAUGUGAAAUUAUAUUCCAGGUCAAAACUUGUGAAAAAUACACAAAACACUUUGAUUUUACAAGAGAGGAGCUUUAAAUAAGAUGAUUUUAGUAGAUUGAAAUAAAUAACCAGUAUUUAAGUAAAUGUAUAACAAAUGAAUAAAUACAUACAUAAUAUUUUCAAAGUUCUAUACCAGUGCCUAUUUUUACUCUUACAAAAUUUCCUGUAAAAAAAUACUACAUUUGAAAUUAUUUCGUUGGUUUUAGAAUUGGCAUUGAAGGUACCCAGUAGACUCUUAAGCCUUUACUGCUUGUCUCACUAGAAACAUUUAUUUCUGACCUACCAAGUUUUCUUCACAUCAUCAAAUUUAUUCAGCUUCUCAGUGCUAUACCAUAUGAUGGCAAGACAUACUUGGUAUUUCCAUUUUUGUUGGUCAUUCUUUAUUGCUUUUUACUGCUAGGGAGGUCUUGCCAGGCUUCUAUACAGUUACAAAAACCAUUACCAAAUCUUUAUCAAGGACUUUCCAAAUGGAGUUUUCAAAUACUAUUGACCACAUUGCUCUAGUUAAUGUAAGGUCAGCUCUGACUUUUUGUGUUUGCAUUUCGGAAGUGAGGUAACCUCAUUCAAAUAUUUAUGCAGCACUUUCUGUGUACAAAGUACUGUUCUAAAUACAAAAGGGAAUAUAAAGAUGACUUUCAAGGAACAUAUAAUGUAGUCAGAAAGAUGAGAGGAUUAGUUAUACAAUUUAAGGAAGGGAGGAUAACUUUGGGAAGGUUUUGUGGAGGAUAUGUGUUUAGAGAUGUGAGUUGGGGAUUCAACAGGUGAGAGGGAGAGAGGUCACAAUUUCCAACUGGGUAAGCAGCUUGAAAAAAGAAACAGAAGCCUGGGCACAAAUGAAAAUUCCAUAUUAAUUGGAAGUUAAGAUUCAUAUAGAGACCAUGAAAGGUUAGGUUAGAACAAUAAACUGAGAAGUACGAAUGUGGACUUCAGGAGGCUAGGGGAAAUUACGAAGUCAUAAAAAGUUCACAGAGAUACUUGAGUACAAAAGACACAUUAUUAAAAUUUCUGCAGAAGUUUCAUCUUAUUUGUGUGUGAUGGUUUGGAAUAUAACAAGCCAGUUAGGAGUAUAGGCUUAUAGUGGCUAAUAUGAGGAUGAAAUCCGUACUCUUGUGACACAAGUCUUCAGCGAAGAUGGGGGAUUAUAGCCCCAAAUAGAAAGAAAAGUGGCAGACAUUAAACUUUGACUAACAGACAACAUAACUGAGAGUCAUGGUGUGUUGGGUGGAAGGGAUCCUGUAGUAGAUACUUGUUUUCAUGUAGAUGGGUACAAAGACACCAUAAGGAAAUUCUGAAUGUAAUACAAAGGCUUAUUUUUCCUGUUGAUUUAUCUUUUUCACACAUAAAAGAUGAAGAAAAACAUAAUCUGAAAUGUAAAUCCUAAAGUGAUCUGUCUAGAUUCUUAUUUUUUGAAAAAUGUUCCUCACUAAAAGCGUUUUCUAUUCAAAUAACCAUUUCCAGUUUUCUAACUGAGACAUACAUACAUAUAUAUAUAUGUAUAAAAUUAUAUAUAUAUUUGGACAAAGAGAAUAAGAGAAUUGCGGGUAGAAAUAGUCUACUGUGUGUAGACAAAUCCAGAAAGUUGAUUUCUGUUCCUCAAACAAUUUCUGAAAUAUUUAUGUCAGAAUAAAUAAAAGAAUUGCUAUUGUUGGACAAUGAAACAUACCUGGACCCCUUGAGUGUGUGAAUAGUAAAGGCUGUGAUAACUGAAAUGCAGCUAAGCAAAAAGGGCUAAUUAGUAGACUUUCGAGACAUGAUUUACCUAAAUGGAAAUAGUUUGGUUUUCAAUCCUUCACUGUAAUAACAAUUAUUUGCAUCUAUUAAGUGUAUGUAGUCACUUUGUAUAAUAAAGUUUUAUGGCUUGUGA